AUGGCUUCCGAAGAUGAAGAUGACUACAUGAAUAUGGUAAUCGAGGAGCCUCCUCAAAAGGAGACCUUCACACAAAAAAAGCGCCGAGAACUACGAGAGGCUGAAGCCCGAGCUCGAGUCCCAUCCAAAGCCGAACGCGCCGCUCAAGAAGCCGCCCGUCGAGAGAAAGCUUUGGCCACAAGCACUCUCAAUCCCACCAACAAAGGAUUCAAAAUGAUGGAAAAGCUUGGGUUCAAGCCUGGUGGGGUACUUGGCAAACCUGCAGCCAGCGAUUCUGAUGACGCUUUCUUAAAGGCACGUGCUGAACCGCUGAAUCUAACCUUGAAAGAAAACCGUGGUGGAAUCGGGUUGGACACAGAGAAAAAACGCAAGCUCCGGGAGGAAGCAGAAGAAGCAGUAAAGAGAAUCAAACAUGAGGAAGGGAGUUACCGCGAUCGCAUCCGUGAAGAGCGUGAGUUGAAACACAUCGAAGCGCAGGUACGCGCUGCGCAGAAAGUUGCAGAGAGACUGGAUGCAGAAUCGGAGAGUGGGGCUACCGAAGAGAAAGAAGGAGAGUCACAGUCCAACAAAGAAGCCCCGACAAAGAAGAGGCCAAUUAAGCUCACAUCCCACGUCAACGUCCUCUAUCGCGGUCUUAUCCGUGAACGCGAACGAAACGACAGUGACCGCCAGACACGCCAUGCUCUCCAAUCCUCACUUCCUUCCUCGUUUUUCCCCAAAGCACGCCUACCAGAAUACGAUGACCCUACUAUGGACCGGGAGGAUAAAAAGGCCCUUGGUAGUGAACUGGAUCAAAAUACCUCUACACUGGAGAUAGAGCUAGAAGAAGACGACGAGGAGCUCGAUGCAUUCAAUGAACUAGAGCCAGCCGAGCGGCUACGCAAGCUGGUUCUCUUUCUACGUGAGAAAUAUCGGUAUUGUUUCUGGUGUAAAUACGCCUAUGAAACGGAUCUUGAGUUGGAAGGUUGUCCUGGCCUGACCGAGGAGGAUCACGAUUGA